AUGGAUUAUAAGCUGUGUGGAAGGUUUGAUACAUUGAAAAAAUAUUUACCUGAUGAAUUAAAUAAAUCUUUAAGUUAUGAUUUUCAUGGUUUAGGGAGUAUUCGGAAUUAUUGCCCUAAUGGAGAUUCAAAGGAAAAAGAAUGUAAGAAUGAGGUCGAUAAAAUAAAUGCUGCAUGUCUAUGGUUGUUCGAGCAAAAUAUUGUUAAUAGGAUUAGUGAUUUUAAUGGUUCUAAUGAUGAAAAACAUAAAGUGUUUAUUAUAUACAUUAUGAUAUGGUUAAGUUAUAUGUUAAAACUAAAGAACGUUAAUGACUUCAAAAGCCUAAAAGAUUUUUAUGAAGACCAUAUAAAGAAUAACAGUCAUUAUACUAAUUGUAAAAAAAGAAAUAAUAAUAAUUAUGAUGAUUGUAGUAGUUCAUUAAAUGCUAAAACGGGAUAUAAUAAUUUUAUGGAGUUCAUAAAAGGAAACGAAUGUUUUAUGAGUAUUAAUAUUACAGAAAUGUCUAAAUUUUAUGAUGCAUUUAAAUUAUUAUGUGAAAUGUAUAUUGGAGGUAAUAUAGACAAGUCAAGUUGCAUAAAACAUUUGGACGAUGGUAAAGAAUUUGUUAAAAAAUAUGAAAAACUUAAUGAAGAUUCGAGUAUUAAUGAAAACAGUUCAUGUAGUCAAAUAUUGACUACUUUAUCAAAUGAUUAUAAUAAUUUUAAAACAAAAUGUAAUGAAGCUGGAUGUAACGAUUAUCCACUCCUUCAAGAGAAAAAAAGAGCACAAGAUUCUGGAGAAGUUUCUGAAGUUUCUGAAGCUUCUGAAGCUUCUGAAGCUACAUUAUCAAGUUCGUCGAUAGCAAACAAAUUAAUCCCAGUUUUAUUGAUAUUUGUUGCAAUACCAAUUUGUUUAGGAAUUGCUUAUAAGUAUUCAUUAUUUGGAUUUCGGAAACAAUCUAAAAAACAUUUAAGAGAAAAACUAAAAAAAUAA